CACGAACAAAAAGAGUUGCACAGCCACAGACCUUCGAAGUUCUGAGUGACUUAGUCUCAUCGUGACCUCAUAGAGGAAGGAAAAUAAUCAUUUCAGAAUCCUUGGUUAAUCUCAGAGAAGGAGCCUUCACUUUCUUUCAGGCCAUGAAGAUUGCAGUGGAGGAAUGCAGCCAUGGCGCACUGAACGUGAUCUACCAGCACCUACGUGACCUAGAGGCCAGGCACAACUAUAUUGUGGAUUUACUUCUUAUGUGCGGGGACUUUCAAGCUAUUCGCAAUCACAGAGACAUGCAAUGCAUGGCUGUCCCGCAGAAGUAUAGGCAGCUAGGUGAUUUCCACAAAUACUAUACAGGAGAAAAGACUGCUCCGGUGCUUACCAUCGUAAUAGGCAGGAAUCACGAGGCAUCGUAUUACAUGUCAGAACUGUAUCAUGGCGGGUGGCUUGCACCAAACAUAUACUUCCUCGGGCAUGCCGGAUGCAUCCAAGUGAAUGGUAUCCGUAUUGCUGGUGCGUCUGGAAUUUUCAAAAGUAAUGAUUUCAGUCUAGGUUUUUACGAAAGAUUACCUUACGAUCAUGGCACCAUGCGAAGCAUAUAUCACAUCAGGGAAUUUAAUGUUCGUCGUCUGUCCUUGUUAUCCUCCCUGGAUAUCUUCCUUUCUCAUGAUUGGCCCCAAUACAUCGAGCGACAUGGUGAUACUCAGGGCCUCCUUCGCCGCAAACCAUUUUUUAGACAGGAUGUACAGACGGGCAACCUGGGUUCCCCUCCUUUAAUGGGGCUCUUGCGGACACUGAAACCAAAAUGGUGGUUUUCAGCGCACUUGCAUGUUCGCUUUCAGGCUACCGUACAGCAUGAACAAACCGGUACUGGAUCAAAUUCUCUGCCCACGACUUCGCCACCACAAAACCCAGAUGAAAUAGCAAUUGCAGAUGAUGAUUUCGAUGCAGUUGAAUCUCAGAAUCCUCCAAUUGAAUAUUCUCAUUUGCAAACGACUUCUCACAAUCCUGAUCAAAUAACCCUAGAAGAGGAAGAGGUCAUCGAUGUGCCUACCACAUCGGAUGAAUCUACCAUGCCUGGACAACGCUGUGUGCCGAAGUUAACCUUCGAUCCGGAAUGGCUGGCAAUAUCACACGCUUUUCACCCAUUCUUCUCCAUGAGGCGGCGUCAAGCAGAUUAUCCCAAUGAAGCAACAGCUCGUGCGAUGGUUGCCGAAGAGAUGGAAUGGGUCAAGUCCAAUGUGCGCAAUAACGAAGUAGACUCUUCCGGUGUCCCUCUACCUGGCAUCCGAACCAUUUUGGAUUGCCAGACAUUCGUGCAGAGCGCCCCUGGUCCUGGAAGUGAAGGAGCUCAAAAGAAUCAACAACCACCUUGGUACACUAAUCCUCAGACUACCGUUUUUUGCGAUAUGCUUGACAUUCAAAACGUGAUUGAUUUCUCUUUGGACAAUCGGGCCUAAGAAGC